AUGGCAAAUACCGAGUCCUUGCCCGCGCUGAAGGCAAUUAUCUUUGACAUCGGUGGCGUGGUACUACGAAGUCCGUUCAUUGGUAUUGCUGCAUACGAACGAGAUCAUGGACUUCCCCCGAACUAUAUCAACUGCUCAAUCGUAGGGCGUGGAUCUCAUGGCGCUUGGCAGCGCUUCGAACGGGGUGAAAUCUCUCUCUUCCCCUUUUACGAACAGUUUGGAAAGGACCUUUCCGACGUCGUGAGCGGAAAUGAGUGGUAUAAAGGUUACUGCCGAAGAAACAAGAUUACAUGCCCCUUGUUGCCGGAAUCACUGCAUGUUGACGGCAGAGAGUUAUUUGGCCGCAUGAUGCGUGAAAGUGGCGUGUUCGACCCGCAUAUCUUGCUGGCAAUCCAGAAUCUUCGAGCCGUGCAGAAAUACCGCAUAAUUGCGUUAACCAACAAUUUCACGAGGACAGAUUCCUCUGGAGAUCCUAUCCCACCGUCUGAAUUGGCCUUUCUUGGAUGGGACCGCGGUGGUGCCGCCCCUAAUAAGCUGCGCGCCCUCUUUGAUGACUUUAUCGAUAGUAGUGUUCACGGCAUGCGGAAGCCUGAUCCGGACUUCUAUCUGCUGGCAUGCAAAAGGAACAACAUCAAGCCGGAGGAAGCAGUGUUCCUCGACGAUAUUGGCAUGAAUCUCAAGGCGGCGCAGAAGCUAGGGAUGCGAACCAUCCAGGUUCGCAUCGGCGAGACCCUUGAUGCAGUGAAGCAAUUGGAACAAAUUGUGGGCUUCAAUCUCACCACAUCCGUAAAGCUUUAA